AUGCCUGCGGACGACGAUGGAGGAAAGGCGCAGCAGGUCGGCAAGACGGAGGAGACUACCGCGGUCAAUGGGGUGGUAGGGAAGGGCGAGGAGGCUGCGCAAGACAAGAAGGAUGCGCCAAAGGUGGACUCGGAGGCGGACGAGUUUGGACUGCCGGUGAGACCGGCUAGGAGGCGGCGGUGGAGCGAGGAAGAGGGGGAGUCUGCGAAUGGGGGGCCUGGACCGCUGGCGGAGUCAGAUGUCUUCGAGGAUGCGCAAGAGAGACCGGCGGAGGGAGCGAAGCAGGGCAAUGAGGAUGAAAAGCCCACCGACCAGCCAGCGGACGUUGAGGCCAAUGGGACAGAAACAGCGAAAGCUGAAGCACCCACCACGAGUACCCAGGCCACCACCCAGGCUGCGCCGGAGAGGAUAGACACAGGACUGCAUGAUGCUGCAGAUCGAGAGAAGCCAGACGAAGCCACCGCCGGUCCCUCCAAUGACCGGCGCAAGCGCAGCAACACCUCCUCCAGCCAAAGCCCAAGCGCAUCGAGACCGCAUGCCAACUCGGUGUCAGAGUAUUCACACCAGCAAGUGAUGGCGCCUACCAUUGAGGAAGAGGUCAAGGAGGAGGACGAAUGGCAAGCGAUGCCUGCCUACGCUACCCACAGGAUCUACGACGACUGGGGCAAGGUUCUUGCCAAGGAGUACGAUGAGGAGGAAGACGAGCAUCUUACGUAUGCUAGUCUUGGUGGUGCUGGCAAGGGAUACACUCGUGUGCAAGUCGAUGACGAUGCGCAGAGUGCAACGAGCAUGGAUGACAAUACUGCCUACCUCUUCAAAGAACCACACAACAGCAAUGCGUUGUUCGACGAAGAUGAAGAGGGUAAAGACAUGCUGAGUCAAAUGCAAGCGACGAAGCAGCUCCUUACCGAAGGACAGCGCAUAGCCUACGUUGGCGUGGUUCGGCUGUCAAUAGGCAAGAUGCUAGACAGCGUCAAUGGCCUCGAGCGAGCGAAGGGUGCUAAGAAGCAGAUCGAGUUCGCGACCGAAGCCAUGAAGAUGUGGGGCCAGAAGAUCAUGGUACGGUUGUACAGCCACAUGGAGAUUGACUCGGCGGAGCAGGUCAUGGUCGAACAGCUGGCAGAGCAUGGAGUGCUGCCGUCCGACCUCACGCCAGCUUUGAUGGCAAAUGCGCGCGUGAAGAAUCCGGCCAACGCGAAUGACCCAAGCGAGACAUCAUCCUUCAAGUCUGCAAAUUCCGCCCGCCCUUCGAUGAGCUCGCCCAGGCCAUCGGAUACGUUCGAGAAGAGGCAUUCGGCUCAAAACCUGUCCGUGCCUGGCACGCCAUCACUUCCUGACCCGCCGCCUGCUUACCAAGAACAUGACGCUGAUGAGCUUACGUCCCGCGACCAGUCGCAGAUUGAGGGCAGCAAAAACCUCGAUAUCGACAUCCGGUGGACUGUCUUGUGUGAUCUCUUCUUAUUACUCAUCGCCGACAGCACUUACGAUGCUCGCUCCCGAACACUACUCGAACAUGUUGGUGAGGCACUCUCCGUCGAAUGGCAGGAGGUUUGCAGGUUCGAGAAGCGGGUCACGGAUGCGUUGGAGAUGCAAGAACAGGCCGACAAGGAGAAUUGGAACGAAGAAGAGCACCUCGAGUCCCGUAAGAAGAGAGCACGCAACAAGCGAAUGAUGGUCAUGGGUUUGUGUACUGUCGGCGGAGGACUCGUGAUCGGGCUUUCAGCCGGCGUUCUCGCGCCUGUCAUCGGUGCUGGUCUUGCUGCCGGCUUCACGACGAUCGGUGUAGCAGGCACAUCUACCUUCCUCGGCGGCACAGGUGCUGCAGCGCUGAUCGGCACGGCCGGCACACUCACUGGCUCUGUUAUCGGCGUGCGAUCCUCUGCCCGCCGGACCGGCGCGGUGAAAACUUUCGAGUACCGUCCGCUGUUCAACAACAAGCGCACGAACCUCAUCGUCACCGUGUCCGGCUGGAUGACGGGCAAUGUUGACGAUGUGCGCUUGCCCUUCUCGACUGUUGACCCUAUCAUGGGCGACAUCUACUCUGUAAACUGGGAGCCGGACAUGCUGAAGUCGACUGGUCAAACGAUUCAGAUCCUUGCCACCGAAGCUCUCACGCAGACCGUUCAGCAGAUCCUCGCCUCCACCGUCUUGACGGCGUUGAUGGCUGGACUGAGCCUGCCGAUCAUACUGACCAAGCUCUCCUACCUCAUCGACAACCCCUGGACCGUCUCCCUCGCCCGCGCAGAUGCUACGGGCUUGAUCCUGGCAGACUCCAUCAUCGACCGCAACUUGGGCGUACGCCCCAUCACCCUUGUUGGCUUCUCCCUCGGCUCUCGCGUCAUCUUCUCUUGCUUGAAAGAACUCGCCAAACGCGGCGCCCUCGGCUUGGUCCAGAACGUCUAUCUCUUCGGCAGCCCUAUCGUGGCAAAGCAUGAAGAAUACCUCCGCGCUCGAACAGUCGUAAGCGGACGCUUCCUCAACGGCUACGCGAGCAACGACUGGAUCCUCGGUUACCUCUUCCGCGCCACCAGUGGCGGCAUCAUGCGCGUCUCCGGCCUCUCUUCCGUCGACGUCCCCGGCAUCGAGAACAAAGACGUCACCGAGCUGGUGCCAGGCCACAUGGCCUACCGCGGCAUGAUGCCCACUCUCCUAUCAUCUGUGGGUUGGGCAGUCGACGGCCUCGAAUUCAACGAGAUCGAAGACCCGGACCCGGAGAACCACGAGAAGCGCCAGCGCGAACUGCUCAACGAAAUCGAAGCCGCGCGCCGCGAGCUCGAGGCCAAAGAACAAGCCAACGGCGGCCAGAAAGCUGGUGGUUUCAAAUCCUUCUUCAAGCGCAAGAAGAUUUCCAAGAAAGAGUGGGAGACGUACGAUGAGCGCAGCCAGAAAGUUCUGGAGGGGGAUGAAGCGGAAGCGGAGCGUGUGGCAAAGGAGGGGGAGGAGAAGAAUGUCAUGUUCGAUGUUGAUGCGAUUCGCGCGGAGGCGAUGCGGUUGGCGCUUGAAGGUGGGGAUGUGGAAGAGAUUAAGCGGCAUUUGCGCGUGAGGGAGAUUGAGAGUACGUUGCCGGCUUUGAAGGUGGAGGGUGGCGUUGGGGCGUCCAGGCCGGACAGCUCGCCCGCGCCAGGUGGAGCUGGGACACCUAAUGGUGGACUCCGGCAGACUAAGAGUUACGAUGGGACGAGAGCUAGUGGUCCUGCUGGGUCUGCGUAUACGAACGGUCAUUCCAGCUACAACGAAAGCGAGGAUGGCGUCAGGAUGUCGUUCGACCCCUCCGAGCACCAACCACCGGCCUACUCCUCGAAGAACCCUUCACAGCAAUCCCUCAGCCCGGCACCGUCCCCCGCUCCUGAACGACCGCCGCUGAAGAGCGCGAGUACGUCGCCUGCGCUGCCUUCGACAUCUACUCUUGGUGGAUCUCCUGCUGCGAGACCGAAUGGCUCGCCGAAUCCGGUCCAUAAUCCUUGGGCAGAUGGAGAUGAUGACUUCGGGAAGGAGAAGGAGGUUAGUAUGUCGUUUGAGUGA